AUGACUCCUUCAGUACAAGCGGCAACGCUAUUCGUUCUCUCAAUCUUGAAUGUUGGGCAUGUCUUCGCAGUCCCAGGCAUUCCCGGCAUGGGUCAUUCCGCACGCAUUCAUGAACGCGCCUUGACGAGCUGGGUUAUGAAAGGAUACGGAACCGAGUCGUCGUGCACUCAGGAACAAAUCGACCAAAUCGAGCCUGCAGUAGAGUACGCCAAAAUUCUAGCCAAGGCUGCCAUGACGGCCUUGGAGGAUGUGGGGACGUCGGGGGUGGCGUACCGGCGCUGGUUCGGUGACAACAACACGAAUGAAAACACCCUCGCAUCCAUCAAGGCAAACAACUACGAAGCCGUGAUUUCGGGACUGCGCGCACCCGAAUCAGGCACAGUCAAGUCUGAAGACGAAGGCGGCCCGGACAAAUCAAGACUGGUGUUUUCUUGCCCCAAUUCGGAGCAUCCCGUGUGCGAACCGAACCCGUAUGCAGGGACAGAGCCGGUCGCAGGCAUGCUCAACGCCGGCGAGGUUUACGACAACAACGUGCUGCGUCUCUGCCCCCCCUUUUUCCGCCAGGUCAGCCACUCGCAGAUGCUUGUCAACUGGCGGGAUUGGAAAGAAGGCGACCUGCAAACAUCAGCGGGCUUCGCACUGCUUCAUGAGAUGCAGCAUCUUGAUGCUAUAGUCGGCAAACCCAAUCGUUGCGCUGAUCACGCGUAUACAGUUGCAGACUGUGAGAAGCUCUCUAGCGUCGAAAGACUGAAGAAUGCCCAGACCUUUGCAUACUUCGCGCUGGAUGUGCUUGUGAACCCGCCAACCAAGACGAAGUGA